AUGCUCGACAUUCUGCCACAGUCCGCCCCCGCCUUUUUCCAGCCCCACGACGACAACAAGAUCUCGUCUGGCAAUCUCUAUCUAUGCCAGCCACACACUGUCAUCCAGCUCGUCGAGGUUGCGCCCCCGCCUCCACGCAGAAUAUCUUCUGUUAUCAACUCUAGCUCAGCCGCUUCUUCUUCAUACUCGUCUUCGUCUUCGUCUUUUGACGAUGAGGACAUGGACGAGGACGAGGACGAGGAGGAGAUCUGCUCCUCGUACUGCUCCUCAGACUUGUCGCCAGAGGAACUCGAGCAGUCCUCCUGCUCCGCCGCUCUGUCGUCAUUGCCCAGCACAGACUCGCGCAUGAAACGCAUCCUCCUCUGGCGCCAGUUCUCCGACUCGGAAUCCUCCUCGUCUCUCAAGCGCAAGGUCGAGGAGAUCGACGAGAUGCUCGUCGACAACAGCGACAAUGAAUCGCACACUAGUAAACGAUCGCGCUCGCACGGGUCCUCUGCGUCUUCACACAGCAUCAGCUCUGCAGAGCUCAACAUGCACCCCUGUCCCGCCUGCGACGCCUUCUUCCCCACCCUCCAGAGUCUGCGCCAGCACGGCCAGCGCGAUGCCCCGCACACAAGCGAAGCCUGCUGCGUCGCGGUGGAGUACGCCUUUGAGCAAUGA